AUGAGCUUUAAUAGGAAGCGAGUUGCACUGGCGUGCAGCUUUUGUCGGAGUCGCAAACGGAGAUGCGACGCCCGGAAGCCAUCAUGCUCAAAUUGUAUGGAGAUGGAGGUUGAUUGCCAAUACGACGAUCAGCCAUCUCAAAGGAUCGAUACGUCGGGUGGCACGCGAGAGAUCAUCAACCGACUCCGCGACAUCGAAGCGCUCCUGGAGAACCAGGGCGAAAAGAUAGAAUCGUUAUCCACCAAUGCCCGUGUGCACAUGCCUCACGGCCAGAACGAGACUUCACCACAGAGCCAAUCGUCAAUGGCAAUGACAGGCAUCCAAGGAGGUGUUGGCGUCCCAUUCACCCCUUGGCACUUCACAGGACUUGAGCUUCAAUCAGAAAUGCCGAAUUUGCCCCCGUUGACGAUUCCAGUAAAGCAUAAGACGUCGUCUAGCUACCUGCUGAGUCUGCCGGCCAUGAAGUCGUUGAUCGGAGAGUACCCCACAGAUCUGUUCUUCCUGCUCGAGUCAAGGAACCGAUUGCCCCCUGAGCUCUCAUUUGAGGACUGGCCAGGGGCGCGGCCGGCGAUUGAGAUUGAUCGCGACAUGGCUGACGAGCUGGUCGCAAUAUUCUUCUCCUCAGCACACCACAGCCACCCCAUCCUAGACCAAGAUGAGUUCCAAGACAUAUACUCCCAAUUUCUGCAGACUGGCCCCGACUCGAGCAUCGCCUCAGCACUCUGCAUGGUCAUUUUCGCCCUCGGAACAGUGGCGUCGUCUCAACCAGACCCGGGGCGAUUCAGUUCAUCUCCACCGGGAAUGCAAUACAUGCAACACGCAAUGCCGACGCUCAUUUCCCAGUCGUCAUGGUCCUUUUCGUAUAGCCUCUUGCUUCCUCAGGCUCUGGUACUGGCAAGCGUUUACUUUGCUUACAUUGUGCGUCCACUGCAGAGUUGGAGGUUGAUCUAUUCUGCGUCUACGAUCCUUCAGUUUAAGCUAUCUGGGAUAGAUCCUCGGGAGGAGGGACCAAACUCCCGAGAAAGUAUCAUUCGGCUAUUUUGGUCCUGUUUCCUCGUUGAAUGCGACCGACUCGCAGAACUUGAGCUACCACGCAGCGGCCUUCAGCAGCUGACCGACGAAAUCAGUCUGCCCAGCUGCACCAACCUUGGUCUCAUGCAGUCCACCUGCUAUCUUGCCGAAAUUUCGAUCCGCAGGCUGCUCAACCGCAUCCACAACUCUCUCUACCCAAGCAAAAAACACGUCCUGACGCUGUCAUCCACUACGCUCAUGGCCCCCGACGACUUCUCUAUUGAAGACGUGACAUCGAUGAUUUCAGUCUGCGACGAACUGCACACCCAAUUGGAAACGUGGCACGCUUCCAUCCCAGAGGCCUUCCGACCUGCACUUGGCGUUGGCACACCUGCCAUUGAGUCAAAUGAUCGCGAACCCGUGUUGAGGAUACGGUAUUUCGCGGCACGACAUAUCAUUUAUCGACCAUUUGUGCUCUACAUAGCUGCGCAUGGCAUGGAACAUGCGACCGAGUCGAUGAUGGAUAAAGCUGCUCUUUGCCUAGAGAGCUGCAGGUGCUACAUCCAUAACACCACCCGAGUCUUGGUCGGACCCAGCCAAUAUACGUGGACGUUUUCAUUAUCGUCACUCGGCGCAAUUGUUGUGCUCACACUCGCGUCUCUCAGCCCCGAUUUGAGACAUCUGGUCCUGGACAUUGACGAACUUCAGACUACUGCUAUCAACAACAUACGACCGUGGGCCUUUUCCAGCCUCGACGCUGUUGUAUCAAUUCUAGAGGAUGUGCAAAGAAAACAGCGGAUUCUGUCCCGUGUAUAA